CCGGCACCGCCCGCCGAGCCCCCCGCCUGCCUCCCGCCUACCCCCGCGCCGCCAUGGACGGGGGCGCCUUCGGAGCGGGGAAAGCCGGUGGCGCCUUCGACCCGCAGGCCUUCGUCCGGCAGCCGCAGACCAUCCUGCGGUUCGUCUCCUGGGUGUUCUCUAUCGUGGUGUUCGGCUCCAUUGUCAAUGAAGGGUACGUGAACCGUGCGAAUGAGUUAGAAGAGCACUGCAUUUUCAACCGCAAUCACAAUGCCUGCAACUAUGGCAUUACCGUGGGUGUCCUCGCCUUCCUCAGCUGCCUUCUUUACCUGGCUCUGGAUGCCUACUUCCCACAGAUCAGCAGCGUCAAGGACCGCAAGAAGGCAGUGCUCUCAGACAUCGGAGUUUCGGCCUUUUGGGCAUUCCUCUGGUUCGUUGGCUUCUGCUUUCUGACCAACCAGUGGCAAGCUUCAAAACCAGAGGACAACCCACUGAAUGAGGGAGGGGAUGCAGCCCGAGCAGCCAUCACGUUCUCGUUCUUCUCCAUCUUUACCUGGGGCUUCCUGGCAUUUCUGGCUUUCCGGAGACUCAGAGACAUUAAUUUUCAGGAGGAAUACAAUACCCUGUUCCCUAACUCCCCAUCCUUGCUGCCGUAGUGCGCUGUGCUGAUGGGAGAAUAUGGGGGAAGGGGUGGAGAGAUGCAGCUGGAGGAGGUCACUGAGCAGAGCUGGUUCCAAUGCUCUGACCAUGAGUGUAUGGUCACUGCAGGGCAUGGGAUGGGAAGAUAGUGGCCAUUGAAUUGGGAGUGGGGUUGUCCAUUGUACAGGAGACUGCCCUCUGGAGAGUUGGAACUGGCAAUUUCUUCUCCUCUUCUGCUCCCUUCUCUCCCUCACCCAUACCCUAACUAAUGCUGUGUAACACCACUGUGCCUUUUUUUGAUGACUGCUCAGACCUAAUACUUCAGUCAGGAGAUGCCCUCUGCCCCCACCAUUUUAUCUCUUCCAUUUCUUCCCAGAACUCAUUCCUCAAAAACCUCUCCCCCAUCACCUGCUAGACUGCUCACCUCUCUCAGAGAUGCUCUGGGACAACGAGCCACACCCGCUGAACUCUCUGCCCAGGCUCCUCCAGUCCACCGAAAGGUGCCCUGCCUGCAGUGCCUGAGGCAGGAGACAGCAGUUUGCUUGCUAACUGUCCCCUGGUCUGGGAAGCAGCUGCCUUGCUUCCUGCAGCUCCUUCCCUGAGUCUGUGCUACACCUUGCACAUGUUGACUGGUGAAGGUGUUUCAGGGGGUGACCUCUACCUCAGUACUUGGUGUCAAAUCCCGCUGUCCUUUAGUGGCCUUUACAAGUCAAUGCCUUGUACAUGCAGCCCAGCAGCUGAGCCCUCUGGCGUUGCCGAGGCAGAUUGCCUUCCCACAGCCAGGAGGGGCUGACUGGGAUAACGACCAGCGAGCUGAGCCUCCUUGAUCAAUGCAGUGAAACCCCACUGGCAGACAAGGUGCCCUGAACAUCCUAGAGAAAGCAGGGAGCCUUGGCAGGCUGCACACAGCCAGCUGGUCUUGCAGUCAUCCCUGCCCAGUCCUCUCUCCUUGUGGGCUCAUGCUUUCUGUGGAGAGUGUGGACUUCCCGUGCUCGUGGGGCAUUUCACCGGCAAUCUGCCAGGCAGGCCUUGCACACUAAUCCAUAACCACUACUAACCCCACUUUUGUUUGUUUCUCUUUCUCGGUACGUUCCUCCUCUUUUUUGUCUUCCCUCCCCUCUGCUUCCCAUCUCUUCCCUCUACCUCCUCCCUUAAAGGUGGGCCAGGCAUUCCUGGCGUAUCAGCGUUUCCAGCUGGGUGCCGAUUCGGCCCUCUUCUCCCAGGACUACAUGGACCCAAGCCAGGACUCCAGCAUGCCUUAUGCUCCCUACACGAACGAGGAGGAUGCUACAGAUGUGGUGGGGACGUACCAGCAGCCCCCUCAAGCAGAUGCUUUCAACACCGAGACACAGGGGUACCAAACGCAGAGCUACUGAGCCACUGAUGCCCCCUUCCCUUCCCCUUUCCCUUCUGCCCCCAUUCCCGCUGCCGGCAGAAAGCCGAGGCACAAACAAGACACGUGCAUACUGGUACAAGAGGUGGCUCUCAGCUAUGCUCCGGCCUUCUGGGUCAUCUGUUUUUAUUUAUUGUUUUUAAAAAAGGCAAAAAAAAAAUAAAAAGGAAAAAAGGCUUCCCCAUCAACUAUUCCUUCUCCUCUCCUACCAAGCUACCUGCCAGAACCAAAUUUUUCCAAAAUCUGCAUUUUGAUAGGAAGGUCCCCCCUUUCCUCCUCUCCCUCCUGCCUUGUUACAGAGGGCAAAGUCUGUCUUUCUGGACAGGAGAGGAACUAUGGCACCGGCAGGGCAGGGGAAAGGGUGUUGGAGGCAGAACAGAAGAAAUGAGAGGGACCAGGGACCUUCCUAGAAGAUAUAGUAUCACUAAAGGUUGGAGUAGAUGUGGGAGCAUGCAAAUUGGUCUAGAGCACCUGGUAGCUCAGGGAGGAAGGAGAACAGUGUUGGAGUCAGCAUUCAAGAGUGUGAGGAGGGCCUGGAGGACAGAAGGAACAGUGUCCUCCAUGUAAAGACAGGGGGGGUUUUCCCUGCCACGUGCUAGUGAGGAAGGGAUGCCUUAUUUUUAGAGGGUUUGGGAAAAGCAGUAUUGGGGGUGGGGAGUGCAAGAAGAGAAAAUAGGAAGGGAAAAAGGAAGAUUUGCAGGUACAAUCAGAAAUCACAGGCAUGUCUGUCGGUUACAGCAAGAGAGGGGUAGAGGCCUGAGAUUCACUCCUUCCUCAGCCCCCUUGGAUUGAGGUGGAGGUGAUUCCCCUCACCUGUACAUCUUGCUAGUCACUGCUCUUCCCAGACCAGUGUUUGAUGAGGCAGGAGAGGAGCCAUGCCCAGUCUCUGGGCCCAGAUACAGUGUCUGUAGGAGGAAGGAUGGAGGAGGUGGGCUUCUAGAGAGUCCUGAGAGCCUUCAGUCCCAGCUGAGCUGGUUUGACUGGGAGAGGGGAGCUUUGUCAUUUCACCCAGGGCAGGAGGAGAAGAAAGACAGUUUAGCUCCUCAGGUCCUGCUGAACCUUCCUCUCUUCCUUUACAAUAGUGCAAAGCCUUUUGCUGACACCAUCUUUGUAGCACACAGGAAUGGAGCAGGACCCCACUUAGAAAGAAAUACUGCUGCUGGGAUGGCCAGCAUGUGUCUGGCUCUUGCACAGGGGUGCAGCCAAGCUGGGAAGGGUCCUGCCCUGUACAGCUGCACUUUGCCUCCCACUCAGAUAGGGAAGAGGUCUUGGUAUGCAGAAAAUUGGUUGGGGCCAGACUGAGUUGUCUGAAAACUGGUCUUUCUGUCCUUGCCAUAGACCAUACCCUAGUGUUCUUCUGGAGCAUCUCAGAUCCUGGCUGACUUUAAAGCCUCUCCUAGGUGGCAGCAGUGACUCUUAGAUAGAGCUCAUACGGGUAUCAUUCCACACUCCUCAUUAUUUUGCUCCAAGAUAUGACUGUGGAAGCCCACUCUCUGUUCCAAGUUAGAAGGUAGGUCUGUGUGUGAAGACAGAUUCCCAGAUUCCCAGAUUUCCCCUAAAUGGAAAUAAUUCAGCAAUAGCUACCUAGACAAUUCUGGACACAGACAUCUCUCAGAGCACAAGAAGCAGGCUUUACCUUGAGCAGUGAGGAACUCCAUCCCCCAAGCAGGCAGCCACCCUGCUUGGUGCAACGCUGGUCCCAGUAGCAGAGAUCAGGAGCAGAUCCAAAAUCUCUUGGUGCCCACACUGCACAUCCAUCCUACUCCUCAUAGCCCCCUUAGGAGUGGGGAGAAUGGGACACAGGUCUGGCCUGUGGCUAUGUGAACAUCUCAUCUGGAGGACACCAAGGUUACCAGUCCUUCCCUCUUCCUAGUGCCCCAGAAAUACAGGAAAGGGGUAGAAACUGUAGAGCAGCAGGCCCCCAGAGGGAAGUGGAGCAGUAUUCUCUGCUGUAUACAGGCACUGUUUCUCCCUGUUCCUACCAGCAUACUUGUGCUGCUAGUGGCUGUCCCCAUGGCUUGUCUUCCCCAGGCUUGCCCCACCUUGCUGGUGAGGGGCAAGGAGCAGGGGAUCAGGUAGCGCUAAGGAUGCAGCAGGAAUGACGGGGCCCAGGCACACAUCCCUUGCUCUAUGGCUGAGUGAAUGCAAUACUGUAAAUAGGAGGGGUGCUUUUUGGAAGGAAGCCCCUCGAGCUUCAUUUUCUGUGGGUUCAGCCUAAUAUUUAGGCUUGGGAUGAGUUUACUUUAUUGAGAGAGGUUUGUUGUGACUAGAUGUGAGGGGAGCACCCUUCUGUCUGUCUCCCAGCAGGGGAGAAGAACGAUUGAAUGAUGAGGUGGAGGAGGAGAGAAAUUAGUUUUACUCACCCAGACUCAUCUGUGUCAUCCUUCAUGCUUUCCUUUGGGGUGUGGGGAGGGAACUGAGAGGAGGUGGAGGCGGUAAGUAACCAUCCCUCAGCACAAAAAUGUGUUGUAUCUUUUGGGAAGUCCCUCCUCUGUGAGUGACUAGGCACAUAAGGAGAGGUACAGACAGUAUGUGGGGGAUCUACCUGAGGCUCUGUUUUAGUGUGUGGUGCUGGAGCAUUUUGCAUGCUCCUUCUCCCAUCAGAGUUAUGUAGGCAGCUAAACACCAUUUGGGGCUGACUAAUGAACAAGCCUUUUUUUAUCCUCUUGGGCUUGCUUCUCUCAUGUAACCAGCUGAUGGGCUCAGAUGGGCUUGAGGCAGGAAUGAGCCUCCCCCACAGAACCAGCACUUCAGUGAGACAUGAACCAGGUGACUUCAUCUUGGGUUUCUUCCUAUCUCUCUGUUGUUCUCCUUGCUUUGUGUCAUAAGAAAAGCAUUGAUGUGACAGGGGACACUACAAUAGUAGAUACUUGGACAACUUCUUGGUUUUGCUCAUGGGAGAAGGCAUACUCUGCUUGGAUUCAUGUGUUUUCAGCCUUUGCAGUAAAGGGUUGGUGGUGACAGACCUAGGAGUAGGACUCUGUUUGCAUGUAGCCCUUUAAAAUGCAGAAUGCGAUUUCCAGUGGCAUUUGACUGAUUCUGUAGCUGAUGAUACAUACAGACCUACCCUUUAGGUAGGGGCUGGUUAGCUUAUCUUAGGUGCUUCUGAUAAGGAGGUACCUAUUUCUGGUGAUCAUAGGCGAGACCUGAGCAGCUGCCUGGAACAUGUCCCUUUUACAAUCUAAGUGUGGGUGAGAUCAGCCCCACUCUAGAGAUUAGGAGAUCAGAGGGAAGGCUGUAUAAGCAAAAUGAUAAGGCAGCUUUCUUCCUCCUCAGCCAUUUGUUCCGAAUACAGAGGAUUACACAUCCCCUGUUGGGAGCAAUGGCCCCUUGAUGUCUUCUUAUCUUAUGAAGCCCCCAAGUAAGGGACUGUUUUGUGGAAGCAGAGGCUGUGAAGGGCAAAGAGAUGAGGAAACCUUGCCCUAGUUCUGUCUGGAUUCAGCCUCCUGAUGUGUUCCCAUCCCUGGAUCACCCAUAUCCACACCACCCUGUUCAUCACCUCAUCACACACCCUUCCUCUCUGUGUUACUCCUGGCAGUUCCCACAGGGGAGGAGUUGUCUUUGUCCCUGUACUCCUGCAAGCACUCUUGGGAGUAUCCAGCAAGGCAGCAUUGCAGGGUGGUUCCCACAGGAGUCUCAGCUCCCAUCCCCAGAGCAGGUACAAGGUAAGGAACCUCAGAGGCCAGCAAGUUCAAACCAUCCAUCCAGACAACUCCCUGCUGCUUGUGUGGCAUUUGUAACACCACCUGGGCUGCCUUGUCCUUCCCCUAUCACAUUACUGCCUGUGUAUAGUAUAUAUAUUAUAUAUAUAUAUAUUUAAAAAGAUGUAUAAUAUAAAGCUAUACAUAUAUACGUAUAUAUGAUGACUCAUGGAUGGCCUGCUGCAUACAGGAUCCUCUGAGUGGUCUUGUCUAAGCCCAAGUGUCCCUUCACCCCCUCCUCCCCCUGCCCCCAUCCAUUCCGAAAUUCAACUACAGCAAACCCCGCCACCUUGGCACCUGUGUUUACAAUGUCCUAUAUAUUUGUGGUUAACAAAGUGAAGGUGGUAACUACUGGUGUCUCAAUAAAGUUAUGACGUUCAAAAUAACCAUACUAUAUGGAAAAAAAAAAAAAAAAAAAAAGUGGUCUGGAUUUUCUUCUUUGCGGGGGGUAUGGCUUUUUUAGCUUGGUUUGCUGCAAGAGCAUUGGCUCCUGUGCUCCUGCAUGGCCAAGCUGGCAAGUUUAGUGACAAUCAGUGGCUUGGAUGGAGGAAAGAAACCUAAAUAACUGCCCUUAUUGAGAAGUUUCAGUGGAAGCUAAAGGUUACAUGUUUUACUUUGCCUAAAUUUCAAAUCACACACACCAUCAAGUGUCUCUCACCUAAUCAGUAGAAAAACUUGAGAAACCUGACAUACCAUGUUAGAAGUGAACUCUCACUGUGAAAAGAAUGGGGCAAUAGGCGGUGUCAAUGGGGGACUUACAGGAAUAUAGGAUACAAAUCCAUAUGAAAAUAAACACCUGUAUUUCCA